GCGGCGGUCAGGGAGGAGGAGGGGGGCGACGAUCGUGACGAAAAGGACCUCAAGACGUGGUUAGUGGAGAUCAAUGAGGCCGACAUUGAUGAGGGCGAUCUGCUUCCAGACGUGCCCUGCGAAGAGGACUCCGGAACGGGGGGGGAUUCGUUCCUGGCCGCCGACGAGCCUCUCAGCACGACCUCGAAAGCACUCACCGACCUGAGCGUGCAAGACAUGGCAAAACAUGCCAUUGACAUAGUCAGGGCAAAGAAGCAGGAGCUGACGAGCCUCCAUGAUUUGGGUUGCUUCCGCAGACUCCGGCGGAGCUUGGCGAAUGACAUCGUGGACACCAGGUGGGUCUUGAAGUGGAAGAACAAAGAGAACAAGCACUUCAUCGAGGCCCGACUCACGAUGCGUGGGUUCAAAGGCCACGACGAAAACUUGGCCACUUUCGCCGGCGCGGCAACUCGAUGGGGCCAGCGCGUUGUGAACGCCAUCACAGCGCAGCGGGACGAUUGGGUAAUGUUCAGCUUCGACGUCAGCGCCGCUUUCGCGAAGGGCCUGACUUUCCAAGAGCUUUCUGAGUUGACAGCCCCUAAAGCAGUAGCUAUGGAGCUCCUCAAGCACUUGGAGAAACACGUGGGCACUUGCACACAGGAGUGGACCAAUUUUGCACACGUUGGCAUCGAGCGUGUGACCAGAGCAGACGGCAUUUACACGCACCAAGAGAAGUACGUGGCUUCCCUCAGGGAGAUCGACAAUAAUUUCUACGCUGAUUUGCAAGACGAGCAGAACGUCAGCGUUGAGGCGAAGAGCCACUACUCCACACUCCUUGGCGGCGUUGCCUGGCUCUGCGUCACAAUGCCGGCCAUGGCGGUGUACGUGCAGGCACUUCAGCGACGCGGAGCCGAACCGAGAGCACAGGACCUGAAGCGCUUGAACCUUGUUUUGCGUUGGGUCCGCCGGCGCAAGGUCGGCAUCCUGUUCAGGAAGCUGCCAGGGCGCCUCCGACUUGUUGGGGUCGCAGAUGCAGCAUUCAAGGCGAUUCCCGACGAGUCGUCUGGACUUGCACUCCGCGGCUGCGCCAUCGUCCUCAACGCAGAUUGCGACGCGACGCCAGCAUCUCCAGAUGGGGCUUGCAACAUCUUGAUCUACCACGGCUGCGCGGCCACAGCCAAGAGCCUGGCGGACGACCUGGACAGCGGACGACUCCAACCUCCAGUUGACGCAGCAGUUGACGCCAGGGGCGUGUUCGAUUGCUUGGCCGCCACUGACGUGGGCGAGCUCGUUGAGGGCAGUCUGAAGCUGCAUGUGCUCUCUCUUAGGGAGCGCCUGCAGUCUGGCACCCUGCGACGCCUCUUCUGGACGGACACAAGGGAUAUGUUGGCGGAUGGCCUCACAAAAGGGCCAGUCCCCCGUGACCAGCUGGUUGCUGUCAGCAACAGAGGCGAAUACCGCGCAGCGCGCGCCGCGGCCAGCACGACCGUGUCGAACGGCCGCAAGCAGACCACUUGCAGCACG